GGAAACAGAUUUAAUUCGUCAUGAUGGGCAUCAUGUCAUGUCCUUGGCUAAUAAUGAUCCUGAUAGCCUUUCCACUGUCCUCAAGUGGUGGAAAAUGGACAUAUGAUGGGCCUGAUGGAGACCACCACUGGUCCAGGAAUUACCCAUACUGUGGAGGGGUAUUCCAGUCUCCCAUAAACUUCCAAUAUGAGCUGCUGAGAUUUGAUCCAAACCUGCUGCCCAUUCAGCUGCACGAAUACAACCUGUCUAGCAAAGAGCAGCUCACCCUGAAGAACAGUGGGCACUCUGUGGAGCUGUCUCUGCCACCCCGGAUGCAUCUCUCUGGUCUGCCUCAUCACUACUCAGCAGCUCAGCUUCACUUCCACUGGGGCUCCUCCAACAUGCCGACUGGCUCUGAACACACCGUCAACGGCAAACAGUUUGCUGCUGAGAUGCAUUUGGUUCAUUUCAAUUCUGACAAGUAUCCAAACAUCUCAGUAGCAGUGGACAAGUCUGAUGGUCUUGCAGUGCUGGGUGUUUUUAUUGAGAUUGGCGAGUUCAAUCCUGCUUUCGAUCGGUUUCUCAAGUAUCUCAAUGGAAUUAAAUAUAAAGGUCAGAAAGUGCAGGUGGCAGGCUUUAACAUCCUUGAGUUGCUUCCUGUUCAUCUGGACGAAUAUUACCGUUAUGACGGCUCUCUUACCACUCCACCCUGCUACCCCAGCGUGCUCUGGACAGUGUUCAGGAAUCCAGUCAGCAUCUCUCUCAGACAGUACCUGGCUUUAGCCACUGCUCUGUUCUCUUCUGGUGCUCAAGAAUCGGCCCCAAUGCCUCUACUUGGGAACUACCGCAAACCCCAGCGAAUGGACAACAGAGUGGUUCUGGUCUCCUUCCAGCAGGGCUGGGGGCUGCAUGGUACCACUUCAGUGGCAUCUCCCAUGCAGAGGAGGCUGGUCAUCCAACAGCUACUGAAUGGAGACCUUGCAGAUCUUGCAGAUGGGGGACUGCACCAUCUUUUGCCAAAGCUCCAGAGAAAGUCUUGGGCUCUUAAAAAGUUGGGCAACAAUCCAAAGCAACAAAACUUGGGCCAAGUCACUGAGAAACAUCAGAAGAACAAGGGGAUCGACACCACUGGAAAGAAUCCAUCAGUCUGGAAGAACACCCAUGCAAGCUCCUAUAUGGGGAUGUUUGGUACAAAUGAUGACGUGUUAUGUUUUAUGUCCCUGGAAAAAAAUGUAUCUGUUUCACUCAGGAGCCCUCAUUCAGAUGCUCGGAUGAUCCAAGCUCUGAGAAAAGCUGUGUUCCCAGAGCUGAACCUGAAGAGCUACUUAAACUGCAGGUCUGAUUUGGAUCUACAAACAGUCAGAUGCCUUCUUCUUUCCAGACCCACUGACGAGGCAAAUGAGCUGGAUCAGGCCCUGACCAAAGUCAAUCAGGGGCAUAAACAGAAAGCCACGACACAGUACCAGGGUUCAGCACUGACCAAGAUAACAGGGCAGACCCAAGCUGCUGUCCUGAAGAAUAGCCACAACAUGGUGCCCGCUAAUAAUAGACUGCAGCGUAUGGAGUGGGAGGAUUAAAACCCCACUGAGGCUUUAAACACAGGCUGCAGAGCGCAUUAUAAUAGUCAUCAAAGACCAUCCAUCCUGCAGGCUCUGAACAUUUAGUUCUUUAAAACCUCUGUUAAGUUAACCAGACUGUUAGUAGUACUGUACUUUACACUGCCAUGGGUUUAUGGGCUCAGGAGGUAAAUUUUUACUUUUAUAGAAAGAGACAGUGAAAACCACAAUUGACAGAAUUAGUGAUAUUUAUGUGACAAUUGAUGCAUUGAAGACGUUUACAUAUUUAUAAUGUACAGGUGUGGUUUUAGCAAAGAAAUCCUUCCAAAUGCCCUUACAAAUUUGUGUGACAUUGCAAUCAUGUAUGCAAUAUGUUGGGUAUAUAUUGCCUGCCUCUUGCAGCAGACAGAUUUUGAUUCAACGAGGAAGUAAAUGCAGAUCACAUGAAAAGAUUUAAACAAAAACAGUGUAUAUAGAAUUCACAGAAUAUAACUUUCCUGGAAAGAAGAUAUUUUUGUAUUUUAUUGGGUUGGGUUCUGUCUAUUUGUGUCACAAUAAUUACAUAGUAAAACAAUUGCAGACAUACAAAGGGGAAAACGGUAGCAAAAGAUGAAAAAUGACGGUGCUGACUACAUAAACAUUUCUGUGUUUUCUGUAAGUGUGGCUUUAGAUGCGCGUUUCGACCAAAGAAAAAGCAAAAGUUAAGGCCCUUUUGUGGAGUGCCAAACAAUUUUGAAUGGAGCAUCUUGAUCUUAAUGUGUAGAAGAAAAUACAAUAAAGCACUUAAACUGCA